UGACUUUAGAAACCAUCUCUUUCUCUCUUCCCUCCCUCUCAGCAUGGUCUGUCCUCCCAACUUCACUGAAUCACAGAGCUAACAAGUUUAAGAGUUUAUUGAAAUCUGUUUGCAACUCCCAAGCACGGACCACAAGAGCUGGAGGGAGCAAGAGAUUAAGUCAAGCCUACGAACAUGUUCCCCCCACUCCUCCUCCUGCAGGGAGCUUUCCUCUUUGGAGCGGUCUGUUCCAUGCCAACCUCAAAGAAGCUUUUUGGAGAGAUCAAGUCCCCCAAUUACCCUAAACCGUACCCAGACAACAACAUCAGUACUUGGGGCAUUUCUGUGCCAAAGGGCUUCAAAGUGAAGUUGAAUUUCUGGCAGUUUGAUCUGGAACCGUCCGAGGCCUGCAUGUACGACUAUGUCAAGAUCACAGCCAACAAGAAAGACUUAGGCCGGUACUGUGGCCAGCAGGGCUCAACCACUGGCAACCACCCUGGAGGCAAAGAGCUUUUGUCCACCGGGAACCAUAUGCGGCUAUUGUUCCACUCUGACUUCUCCAAUGAGGAAAAUGGUGCCAAUAUCUUUUACAAGGGUUUCUUGGCUUAUUAUCAAGCCGUGGAUUUGGAUGAGUGUGCCCUUGGAAAUGACCUUGAAGAUGGACCACCUCAGUGCCAGCACUUCUGCCACAACUAUGUAGGAGGCUACUUCUGCUCUUGCCAGCCUGGCUACCGUCUCCAGAGUGACCGACACUCCUGUCAAGUGGAUUGCAGCAACGAACUGUUCACAGAGCCCUCUGGGUAUCUGUCAAGCCCUGGAUAUCCUCAGCCCUACCCAGCUGACAUGCAGUGUAACUAUAGCAUACGAGUAGAGACAGGACUACUCAUCACUCUCAAGUUCUUGGAGCCUUUUGAAAUUGAUGAUCACCAGCAAGUUCACUGUCCUUAUGACCAGCUCAAGAUCCAGGUUGGGAGAGAAGAGAUUGGUGAGUUCUGUGGCACAGUGUCUCCAGGAAGCAUCGAAACCAAAGGCUCUUCAGUGGAUAUUCUUUUCCACACAGAUGAUUCUGGAUAUAGCCGUGGGUGGAAGAUCCGGUACAGCACAGAAAGAAUCUCUUGUCCACAGCCUGUGCCAAAUGAUGAAUUCACCAUCAUCAGAGACUUACAGCCUAUAUAUCGAUACCAGGACUACUUCAUUGUCACCUGCACGACUGGAUAUAAGCUGAUGGAGGGUGACAAGAAACUGGCAUCCUUCACCUCCGUCUGCCAAGAUGAUGGUACCUGGCACCGCCCUAUGCCUCAGUGUGAAAUUGUGAACUGUGGUGGACCUAAAAUCCUGGACAAUGGGGCCUUUGAUUAUGGGACUGAGCCAAGAAUUAACAACUACCUGUCAGUUGUAACGUAUCGCUGCAAUGAACCCUAUUACCGCCUGCUCAAUAAGGGGGGAGUUACAUAUACCUGCUCGGCUCAGGGGUCUUGGAAGGAUCAGGAUGACCACGAGGACAUCCCGGUGUGCUUGCCAGUAUGUGGAAGGCCAGACAAUCCAAUUGCAGAGAUCCAGCGGAUUAUUGAUGGCAGAGACGCCCCACGGGGCAGCUUCCCAUGGCAAGCAAAAACAUUUGUCUACGGGCGUGGAGGUGGGGCAUUGCUGGGCGACCGCUGGAUCCUGACAGCAGCUCACACGUUGUACCCAAAGGGGCAAGAAGAAUCUGAGAAGGCAGAGAGCCCCGAGCAGGUGAUAGAGAAGGCUCGAGUCUUCUUGGGCCACACAGAGGUGAAUGAGAUCAUCAGGCUGGGCAAUCAGCCUGUCCGCAGGCUGUUUGUGCAUGCAGACUAUAAUCCUGAUAACGAGGAGAACUUUGAUGGGGACAUUGCACUUAUUGAGCUGCAGGACCCGGUGACCCUUGGCCGUGACAUGCUGCCUAUUUGUCUCCCAGACCCUGGGAACGACACCUUCUAUGUUCAAGGAUGGAUGGGGUAUGCCAGUGGCUUUGGAGUAGAGAAGAACAUCCUUGCCAGCAGACUAAGAUACGCACCAAUCCCGGUAGCCAGACAGUCGCACUGUCAAGAGUGGUUGAAAGGGAAGAAGAUCAGUGAUAAGGACCCUGUCUUCACCGCCAACAUGUUUUGUGCAGGUUCCCCUCAUGAAGGAAAAGAUACUUGUCAGGGUGACAGUGGGGGGGCUUUUGCUGUGCGUGACCCAGAGAAUGGGCGCUGGGUGGUUACAGGCAUUGUGUCUUGGGGCAUUGGUUGUGGCAAAGGGUACGGCUUUUACACCAAAGUCAUCAACUACCUGGACUGGAUCAAGGGCAUAGUGGGCAAGGACUGGGCCUCAAUGCAAGUGUCUUAUUAACAUAUAGGAAUGUAAACAUAAAUUGCGAUUUCGUUCAUGAAAGCUACUGUUCAUUUUUUGAAAGAAAUUCCAUUGAUAACUUCUUUUGUUUUCUAACCCCCCACCCCCAAGAAAUUUGACCUUAACUUACGGUCUCAGCAGUUAAAAUCCUCUCUAUUAAUCAAUCUAAGGUUUAGUUGACUCAAUGGCCUUGUAGGCCCCUUCCAACCCUACUAUUCUAUGAUUCUAUGGUAUGUACCAAUUAAACCAAUAAUGGCAUGUUUGAACCCAUGCAAAUCCAAAAGAUUUCUGUAUAACUACUGCAAUGGGCAGAUAAAAAUUAUUCUAUAUCCCUGUGCUGCUAUCUAUCAUCAGGAAGAAUGUUAGUUCCUUGUGGUUAAUAAGAAACUUGACAACUGAACAAGUCAGUGGAUCAAACUAUGUCAGGCAAGGAUGGCUUUCACCAGGGAUGGCCAUGGGUAGGAUUCUUGGGAGCAACUCCAUUCUCCAGAAAGUGGUCCAGGAGCGUGAAUCUAACAUCCUCUCCCACCCAAGUUCUCAGGCUUAUCUUAAAUACAGUAAUUGCCACCAGCAGUGAAGGUUUUACAAUAGUGUUGCCAACUGAUGAGGAAAAAAAUGGCUGACCUGCUUAUUCUACCUGUAGCAGGAAAGUGACCCACAGAAAUUAGCAGCUGAAACUUUUCACAGCUUGGAGGAAAUAAUUCCCCACUAAUGUUGGCACAUCAAGCUACAUAGGCACAGCUACAGUAGCUAGAUCAAAUGUCAUCAUGUCAGAGGAGUAACACAGUUUAUUGACUUCUUUAGAGAUCCUCUUUUGUCUACAAUAAAUGAACAGGACAACAGCUAGUCAUUACGAGCUUGCCUCUUAAAGGUGCUACAGAGUCACACUUCCCUCCUCAGCCUUGCCCUGCUGCACCAGGAACAAUGAACAGCUUAGACGACCUUGCUUGUCCUACUCUAAAUCUUCAGCUAACCCAGCAAAAGAAUUCAGGAAGAGGCUGAUGACUGAUGGUCAACUGUUCCUUGUCAGGGCAAUUUGACUCCCAGGGACCUCUCUUUCCCUAAACCAGUCAUGCUGGUACUGUAGUCCAAACAAUCUGGAGGGCACCGAGUUGGGGAAAGCUGCCCUAAACCAAACCCUCUUCUUCCUCUAACUUUUGGUUCUGGUAGCUCGCAUUUGCUCCUGUUGAGCCUCAGCUAACCCAGAAUGGACAGGGAGGGGGGAGGCAUGAGUUUCAGGCGCCUCCGCUGCCAGAGGAAGCAGAGUUGGGAAUUGUUGAGUCUGAGCAGGACCUUGCGGGAGGGGGUCAGCCUGCACACCAGCCCGUUCCCACAGGUAUCACACUCUCCAAAGAACAGAGCGCGCCGCCCUCAGCUGAUGCAGAAGACUUGUUGGGGGAGCUCCAGAGGCAGUGCCGGCUCCUUCCUUGCCAAGCAGUUCCCAGGAGGAUACCAGUGUGGCACAGCCCCCUGAUCUUGAGCCUGUUGCUCAGGAGCAGGUGUCUUCCGAUGAGCCGUUGGAAACACGCCCCUUGUCCCCUCGCUCCUGCAGCCGCGAGAAAUGGAGAGGGCAAAGACAGGAAUUACGAAGGAGUCAGAGAUUACGUUCGAAAAUGUUCCCUUCUUAAGCUUGCCGCUUACAGUGGGGAGUUGUUGAGUCAACUUCCUUCACACGCUGCAGAGCAUGUCUAGAGUGUAGUUAGGGAUUCUAGUGAGUUAGCGCAGGGUUUUCUAUGAAGCGCAAUGCCUUUGAUGUAUCCAUUACUCUAAUAAAACGAGAUUUACUUGCA